CUUAAAUUUCACUAGACCGGAAAUUCACGACCCAAAAAUCCUAAUUUUCCCCCAAUUUUUGUUAAUUGGAGACGACGAAGUACAGCCAUGUAUCGCCAAGGCUCCCGCUUGCUGAUGCGCGCAACCGCCGCCGCCGGAAUCCGUUCAGCGGCGAACCCCGGAAUCCCAGCCGCUUCUCAGGCCUUCUCCACCGAAGUUGCGGAGGCGCCGGCGAUAGAUUCGUCGUUCCUCGAGGCAUGGAAGAAGGCCGCUCCCAACAUCGACCCCCCGAAGACUCCGCUCGCAUUUAUGAAGCCGCGGCCACCAACUCCUUCCUCCAUCCCCUCCAAGCUCACCCUCAACUUCGUCCUUCCUUACCAAUCCGAGAUCUCCAACAAGGAGGUCGACAUGGCGAUUAUACCCGCAACAACCGGGCAAAUGGGUGUUCUACCCGGCCAUGUGGCGACCAUAGCAGAACUCAAACCUGGCGUUCUCUCAGUGCACAACGGAAAUGAUGUCACCAAAUACUUUGUCAGCAGCGGCUUUGCGUUUAUCCAUGCAAACUCUUACGCCGAUAUCGUCGCCGUUGAGGCUGUUCCCCUCGACCAAAUCGAUUCAAGCCUGGUUCAAAAAGGACUGUCCGAGUUCACUCAGAAGCUCAACUCAGCCGUCACCGACCUCGAGAAGGCCGAAGCUCAGGUCGGAGUUGACGUACACAGCGCUCUCAAUGCUGCACUUACUGGGUGAAAGAAGACUUUCUUGUUUGAGAGAGAAUCUCCAUGGACUCAAGUGAGGGAGGCUGAAUAAUUUGUUGGUGGAAUUGAAAUGUUUGUUUUAUGCUAUUAUUGGUUACAAAUUUGCUUUGUAUGUGCUUGUAGCUUCAACAAUUUUAUCUUGAAAUAGAGAUUUUGAGAGAGGAAUGUCUGCAGUGAAGCAGCUGAAAUAACUGUUUUUAAUUCUGGGCAUUCUGAAUUCAUUUUGAACCAGCAGAAAUAAUAUUUGUAGGAUAUUUAAUUUGCUGAGAAAUACUUUGAUGAUUGACAGACAAUAUAUAUAUGGUUUUAGUUAUCA